AACCACUUUUGUGUAGUUUCCUCUUUUAAUUUUAACAGAUUCACGCUAUUCAGUUCCUUCCCUUCCCUUCCUUCGCGAUGGAAAUGGAUUCCCUCCCUAACGGCAACGCCGCCGCAUCCAUCCCAGCUGGCACAACCAGAAUUAGUCCCACCCACACAACGCCGUCCUCCAAACUGACACAACUGACGGAAUCGUUAAAGCUGGAGCAUCAGUUCUUGCGAGUUCCCUUCGAGCACUACAAGAAAACAAUCCGAGCGAACCACCGAACCGUCGAGAAGGAAGUCUCCUCUGUCAUCGCCGGAGUCAGUGACGCUGCCGAUUCCGAUAUGUCCAAAGACGACGCUUUUCAACAUCUUACCUCUCUCGUUUCUAGAUUGCAGGGACUCAAAAGAAAGCUGGAAGAGGGAAGUCGAACAGAGCACUUGCAAGCGCAAAGGUGCCGAGCUCGUCUCGACCAUUUAGAAUCAGUAGAUGCAGAGAAUUUUUCAGAAUGGAGCAACACACGUUUGAAGCGGAUUCUUGUGGACUACAUGCUGCGAAUGUCAUACUAUGACACUGGAUUGAAGCUAGCUGAAAGCAGCAAUAUGUUGGACCUUGUUGAUAUUGAUGUAUUCCAAGAAGCAAGAAAGGUUAUUGAUGCUCUUCAAAAUAGGGAGGUGGCUCCUGCUCUAGCCUGGUGUGCUGACAACAAAUCACGGUUGAAAAAAUCAAAGAGCAAAUUUGAAUUCCAGUUGCGACUUCAAGAGUUCAUAGAGUUGGUACGAGCUGAAAACAACAUGCGUGCCAUCGCAUAUGCGCGGAAAUAUCUUGCUCCAUGGGGAGCUACCCAUAUGAAAGAAUUGCAGCGAGUCAUGGCAACAUUGGCUUUUAAGAGUCACACUGAAUGUGCAACAUACAAGGUUUUAUUUGAACCAAAACAGUGGGACUACCUGGUGGACCAAUUUAAACAAGAAUUCUGCAGGUUAUAUGGCAUGACCCUUGAGCCUUUGCUGAAUAUUUAUUUACAGGCAGGCUUAUCUGCGCUGAAAACUCCAUACUGUUAUGAGGAUGAUUGCACAAAGGAGGACCCGCUUUCACAGGAGAGCUUCCGGAAAUUGGCAUUGCCUUUGCCAUAUUCAAAGCAGCACCAUUCAAAACUUGUCUGCUACAUAACUAAAGAGCUGAUGGACACAGAGAAUCCACCACAAGUCUUGCCCAACGGCUAUGUCUACAGCGCUAAGGCGCUUGAAGAAAUGGCCAAGAAAAACAAUGGUAAAAUAACCUGUCCUAGGACUGGAUUUGUCUGCAAUUAUUCUGAGGUGGUAAAGGCUUAUAUAUCAUAAUCUGCGUGUCUACAAAUUGAAUUACUCAAAUACUUUUUAUUUUAAGUUGGGCUCUGAAGUCAUCUGUGAAUACUAGUGAUAACAUAGAGAAAUUGCGGCCGAACCGUUGGCAUCAGUGUCAUAACUUGCCAUUAUGUACAUAUGCAGAAAGUUCAAACUUGUUCUAAGUGUUGUUGUUCACUUGUUUCUUUUAAAUUGUGAAUAAAGAAAACUCGAAGUGGAUUCAUUUUCAA